GGUUGCUACAUCGUAGCGAGGGGCGGGGCGCCUGUCAGGGAAGCCGGGCGGGCGGGCUGGGGCUUCGGCUCUGCCGUGCCAGCGCCAGACCCGCCGCCCCGCGCUUCCCCAGCUCCGCGCCACACUCUCCUCGGCCCCCGCCUGCUCCCGGCCCCGGGCCCCGGCCCCCCGCCGUGCCCCUCCGGCACGCAGUAAUGGAAUUGCUGUGCUCUGAGGGGGCUCGGCGGACGCCCCGGGCCGGGCCGGACCCUCGGCUACUUGGGGACCAUCGCGUCCUGCAGAGCUUGCUCCGCCUAGAGGAGCGCUACGUGCCCCGCGCCUCCUACUUUCAGUGCGUGCAGCGGGAGCUCAAGCCUCACAUGCGGAAGAUGCUGGCAUACUGGAUGCUGGAGGUGUGUGAGGAGCAGCGAUGUGAGGAGGAGGUCUUCCCCCUGGCGAUGAACUACCUGGACCGCUACCUGUCUUGUGUCCCUACCCGCAAGUGCCACCUGCAGCUUUUGGGUGCAGUGUGCAUGCUGUUGGCCUCCAAACUCCGGGAGACCACACCAUUGACCAUGGAGAAGCUAUGUAUCUACACUGACCACUCCAUCACACCCCACCAGCUCCGGGACUGGGAAGUGAUUGUCCUGGGGAGGCUUAAGUGGGACCUUGCAGCUGUGAUUGCUCACGACUUCCUGGCACUGAUUCUGCACCGGCUUCCAGUGCCCCAGGACCGACGGGCAUUGGUCAAGAAGCAUGCCCAGACCUUUCUGGCCCUCUGUGCUACAGAUUACACUUUUGCCAUGUAUCCACCCUCCAUGAUCGCAACUGGCAGCAUUGGAGCUGCCGUGCAGGGCUUGGCUGCCUGCCCCUUAUCUUCGGAUGAGUUGACAGAGCUGCUGGCAGGCAUCACAGGCACUGACGUGGACUGCCUGCGAGCAUGCCAGGAGCAGAUUGAAGCCGCUCUAAGGGAAAGCCUGCGGGAGGCUGCCCAGGACACAGCAGUCACAGUCCCCAAGGCUCCAGAAUAUUCUGGAAACCAGGAGCCUAAUCAGACCAGCACCCCAACAGAAGUCACAGCCGUUCACUUGUAACUCCUCCCCUAUUCUUCCCCAUCCCUUCUCGUGGGCCACAAGAAUGGAAGGAACAGCAAAGAUGGUCAACCCAGCCCAAUCCCAACCCCAGCCCAGCCUCUGCUCUGAGAAUCAACUUUACCAUCAGCUGGAUGUCUGGGCCCAGGGUGCCAUGGCUCUUGCUGAGCCAAAGAGUUUGAGAGGGGGCUGAUUUUGCCCCAUGUGUGGGCCUGCCCAGUUGUUGAGAUAGGGAGUUAGCCAAGCUCUUCCCUCUCAAUUUGUUUUUGCCAGUUCCUCUGCCAGUAGUUUGAGCAGAACAAGCCAAAAUUGUUUAGUUGGCUCUUUCCUCCCCUGAAAGGUAUUAUCUUCCUACCUUCUACCCCUCCGGGGGUACUAGCAUUUACACUUGAAGACUUAAUUCCAACCCCCCCGCCCCUUGUCCUUGAAGAAAGAAACCGGGAUGGGGGUGGAAAUCUUCCCUAGAUUUUUUUCGGUGCAGCAUAAAGCUAGCCCUGAGGAAGAGAAAGGCUCAGGCCUCAUUCUUGGAGAGAUUCGAACCUGCAGCUACAUUUUUCUUGAAUUGCUUCCUGCUCAGCUUGCCAGAUGUGCACGUCAGGUCAGGGAUGGGGGUGGAGGGAAGGCUCCAUGGAUUAAUUUAUUAUGACAAGGCGCAACAAAGUGCUCAGAGUACAACUUAGGAGGGAAGAGGGGAGCCUUCUUCUGUCCUCUAGAAAGUGACAUUUUUGGUUGAUGUGCCUCUUCCCACCUUCCUCCCAUUCCAUCCACCCCCCUAAUUUGGCUGGAAAGACUAAGUGCCAAAGAUGCUGCUACAGCCUUGGGGGGGGGGGGGGGGGGGGGGGAUGGGAGGGAGAGGAGAGGGGCUGCAAAUCCCAGGGCUAAAGGAAAAGAUGGAUGAAUGCUACAAGUAACUAAGCCUCUUCCAGGAGAGGGAGGCAGACCCUGUUCUCUGCACAGGUGUCCUUGAGGCCACAACUUCGGUCUAGUAGGGGCACCCCAGGGUCUUCAGGUUACCUGAAUAAAGAUUCUGGAAUAGAUCAAG